AUGAGUAGCUUGCUCCCAGCGUUCCCUGCAACCGACGCUGAGCCAUCGGACGACGCCCUCGACUCUGUCCAUGCUGGCAUCAAGAAGUUGAAGAAGACACCCGCAAAGCGUCGAGCGCUUAGCUGCCUGCCCUGUCGUAGGCACAAGCUGAAAUGCAACCGCCAUGUGCCCUGCCAUUCGUGCGUGCGCUAUCGGAGGGAAGACCAAUGUCGUCUCAACCCGCCCCCGUCCUCUGUCAUGAGAGGAGGAGGAGCGGUUUCCCUCCACCAUCCGCCAGACCAUGCUCCUGCGCCAGCGCCAGUGCCAGCAGCUCUGCCUUACCAUACGCUUCCGACUCAAUUGGCGUCAACCGCGCCGUUGCAGAGCAAGCCGCCAGCUCCUUAUAACCUUCAUUCCACCGAACCAGACCAGGCAGAAACUGUACUCUCAAAAAGCGCUCGAAAUGCACUCCUCGAAACUCCACUGGCCCAGAGCCUGGCCAACCUUCCCCCGAACGUCCUUGGAGUCUCCACCCUCCCACCAUUCAUUCCGCUCUUACUCUCUGAUCAGGCGCAACAACCCUUGGAUGACGAUGAUAUCGCCACCUUUUGGCGCGCGCAGCUCGUCUCUAUGCUCCCCUUGUCUCAUCAAUGCGACCUGAUCGUUACAUACUUCAUCGACGAGCUGAAUUUUGUAUACCACUCAGUGCACGCCCCGUCGUUUCGAGAGGACUACGCUGCCUUUUGGAAUACCGACGUUAAAGAUGUCGAUAUAAUUUGGCUCUCCUUCCUAUACAGUAUACUCUCUGCGGGCGCUGUAUUUAUCCCGUUUCCUGACGUGGAGGCUGUCGGGCUCAACCCAGACACGAUUCGCAAAAAGGCCCACCUAUGGCAUUGGGCGUCCAGACAGGCGCUGAGUGCCGGCCACUACGAGUCACGGCCUUGUUUGACGCAGUUAGAAACAUUUCUCGUGACACAGCUAUAUUGGCUAUCUACAAAGAAUAUUGAAGCACUUAACUCAGCACUGGGCCAGGCAAUCCGGAAUGGGCAGGCAUUGAAUCUGGAUAGGGAUGUUCCAGGCCUUAGCCCUCUAGAAACGGAAAAGAGGCGACGUAUCUGGUGGGAGCUGUUCUGUUGCGACACUUUCCAAUCGAUAUGCAUGAGCCGAACGCCGCUCAUACACUGUCCUGCCCCCAAAAUUCCACUCCCCGCCAACUGCAAUGACGUCGACAUCACCGAUUCGUUCACCGAGGGAAGACCAAUUGAGGAGCCCACAGAGACGAGCGCCAACAUCCUCCGCUCCGAAGUCUUUUUAAUCAUGCGAAAACUCUUUGACAGCGGCUUUGAGUACCUCUCUUCUUACGAAUACGUGCGGUCUGUUGACCUGGAGCUUGCGAAUUUGUGUCGCAAUUUCCCUUGGUACUUCCAGCUCGACGAACGCGGUGAAUGCGCGAAUCUUCCUGAACACCAGAAUUUCAUCCUAUGGCAAUUUCACCUGCUCCACAGCUGCAUUUGCAUGCAGCGCAUCCGCAUGAACCGACCCUUUAUCCACGCGCGCACCGGCGAUUCAUGGGCAGUCUGCGCCAAAGCUGCGAACGAAGUUCUAGCUGUCUACCAAAGCAUGCGUAACCCGGACGUCGAAGAGUUUCGCAAAUCACAUAAACUAUUUGUGCAGGCGUACCAGAUCUUCUCCGCUGCGGUGGCACUGGCGGGGUUCUUACUCGUCGAGCGCUCCUUUCCGGCGGACAACAUCCGCCCGCUGAUUGAGAUGGUGAUAUCAGACCUGAGUCUAUGCACGGCCGAUAUCUCAAUUGCCGUAGGCGGGAGGAAUACACUGAUUAAGAUGCUGGAUAUGUACGAUCGCCGCCAGCAAAGGGAACCAGUUGAGCCCGAGUCCCUUGUACCCGAGAUAUCGGUUGUGUUUGGUGGCGAACAGACCACGCGAAAGUAUCUGAAGCGGUGUGAAAUCGGCUACGUUCUUAAUGAAGAUGGACAUGCCAGUCCCAUGAACCCUAGGACCAGCGUGACGACCCCCGGCGUGCCCACAUACAGCACGAACACCCCGGCCUCUUAUACCUAUAAUCAUGUCAAUAGCUCGGCGACAGACGUGAGCGAAAUGCCGCAGGCGCCUCCCUAUAUUGCCCCAAACCCAUCAUUCUCAGACUUCGACCCGCCACGAGUGCAACCAAAAGCCUAUAUCCCUCAUUCCGUUGCCCCUACUAACCACGGUCUUCCUAAUAUCGGCAUCACCCAACCCCUCGCGAACGCCAAUAUCAAUCAAGCUCUACCUACUACCAGCAUCAACCCCAAUAGUCAAGGCGAUGAACUCGAGCUGCUCAACUGUUUCUAUAACGACUCUAUCCCCCUAGAAAUGAGUUUCGACGGGCCAUGGGAUUUCUUGCUCACCGACUUAGCAUAUCAGACAUAA